AUGUCCGAGGUUCUUAGGAAAGUUAACAAGAAGAAGAAAGUCUAUCAAGACGCCUUCGCCAUCGUCAGCCCUUUCGGAUUCGAGGGGGCCCGGCGCGUGUUGGGGAUGACCACGUACGACCAGGUCACCGAGGAGGAGACGGAGUCGGUCUACGUGUACAAGAUGGACAAGCCGUGGCUGACCCGAGAGGAGGUGGCGGUGGAGAUCCGGUGGGGCUGGGUCCUGUGGGUGCUCGGCCAGGGGGACGAGGCGGUUAAGGUGAAGUUGCCGAGGAGCGACAAGGUGAAGGUGAGCGCCGCGACGGCCUCCAUGAGCGGCGACGGGGUGCUCACCGUCGUGGUUCCCAAGCGGGACCGGCCUCAGCAGUGGUACAAGUACAAGUACAAGGACUUGGGACUUAUUAGGUUCAAGACGGUCCACGUUCCAAUUUAUGGUUAA